CCCUGGGGGUUUCUGCCUGAAUUCAUUGACCCCAACCGACCCUGAACCAUAAAGGGUACGCUCACGACGGAUACUUAAGUAGCAUGGAGUUGAUCUGAGGAAUGGAUAUCAUAACAUCUCUGACAGUGGAUGAUUUUACUGGGACAAAACAUGUCAUUUGACGUCUUCCACGCUCCCGCCCCCCUUCCGCUAAAAACCUCUUGAAUCUCAUCCCGCUUCGUACGGACAAGACUGCGAUCCAGCUUGGUGUCCGCAUCUGCCACUGGAAAUCUGGCAUGAUGGAGGCGUACGAUGAGCUUCUCCGUUGGGCACAGGACCGGGGAGUCGAGAUCCAUGGCAUCGCGCCUCGUGAGAUCCCGGGGAAGGGCGUCGGCAUGGUAGCCACAAAACCACUCAAGGCCAACGAGCGACUCCUCCACGUGCCCACCUCCGCCCUGCGCUCGCUCGAGACCAUCCGCCCCAAGGUCAAAAAGGCCCUGCCGGCCGACACCAGAGUGCACGCCCUGCUGGCCGCCGACCUGGCCCUCGACAAGCCGACGACCAAGAAAUACGCCCCCUGGAACGCCAUCGUGCCGUCCGCCGCCGACCUGGCCACCGCCCUGCCUCUCGCCUGGUCGUCCCCGGUGCUGCACAACUACCUGCCUCCACCAGCACGGGCCCUGCUGCGCGCGCAGCAAGCCAAGUUCGCGCGCGACUGGGCCGCCGUGAGCGCCGCCUUCCCCGCGCUCGCGCCCGACGCCUUCCGGCACGCCUGGCUGCUGACCAACACGCGCACCUUCUACCACGAGACGGCGCGCACGGCGCGCCUGCCGCACGACGACCGCAUGGUGCUGCAGCCCGUCGCCGACCUGUUCAACCACGCGGCCGACGGCGGCUGCGAGGUCGCCUUCACGCCCGCCAGCUUCGCCAUCACCGCCGACCGCGCCUACGCCGAGGGCGAGGAGGUGCUGAUCUGCUACGGGCGCCACUCGAACGAUUUUCUGCUGGUCGAGUACGGGUUUGUGCUAGAGCAGAACCGGUGGGACGAGGUCGGCCUCGACGAGGCGGUGCUGCCGGAGCUGGGGGAGGAGGAGAAGCGUCUGUUGGAGGAGAAGGGGUUCCUGGGCGGGUACGUGCUCGACGCGAAGGCUGUGUGUUAUCGGACGUUGGUGGCGCUGAGGUUGCUGUGCGUGCCGAGGGCGGAGUGGGAGAGGUUGGUGGCGGAGGGAGAGGACGGCGGAGAGAAGGUACAGGCCAAGGUAGACAGGUUACUGCUGCGGAUCUUGUGCAAGUAUCGGAGGACGGUGGAAGGGACGAUCAAGGAGUUGGAGGGCCUCGAGGACGGGGAGCCGUGUCAACGCGAGAUUCUGCGCGUUAGGUGGCAGCAGAUUAGGGCAUUGAUAGACCAGACAAUUGAGCGCCUCGAGUAUUGACGAUCUCACUGAUUCGCCGAACUAAGUGGUAUCAGUCGCUGCCCGGGUGCGAGCCUGAACAGCAACAUCCUCUCCGCCCAUGCAGGAUAUUCAUCCCGGAUCCUGGCACUCCAAGCAUACAUGACGCGGCUUUACAUCCAUUACUCGCAACCCAGCCUUACAACCCAGUCACGCGAGGUAUCGCUUCUAAGAUUGGUUUGGCACGCCCCGUCUCCCAACUCUAACACCCAUAGCCGAAAACGCCUAGAACUCCCUCACGCCCAGCGCAAGGUUCAGACAUGAAGGGGGCAAUUUAGACCUAGCCACAGCACUCGAGGCAUCCAAAGGGUGCCUUGCCGUCGGCAGCACCACAGCAGCAAAA